AUGGCCGGGGCUGGGAGCGCAGCUCGGAGGCUGCUCCAGCCCUUCAGCCCGCGGGGCAGCACGGAGGUACCACAAAAGCAUCUGGCCCCUCUGAGAAAAGAGAGAGAAGCAGACAAAGCCAAGGAGGAGCGGCAAAGCGAUGAGCUGCUGAAACAGACGGAAGCCGAGAGGCAGAAGAUUGUCUGGGAGUGGCAGGAGCUGCGAGGGUUUCUGGAGGGGCAGGAGCAGCGGCUGCUGUCCCGGCUGGAAGAGCUAGAGAGAGCCAUUGUCCAGAGAAGGGAUGAGGGCAUCUGCAGCCUGUCCCGGGGGAUUUCCCUGCUCAGUGAGAUGGGAGGAGAGAAGGGGCAGCAGCCGCUGAGCCAACCCCUGCAGGGUGCUGGGAGCACUGGGAGCAGGGAGGACAGGAUGUUUCAGAAGCAGGAGCUGGGGUUCAUGGAGCUGGAGAAGAGACUCAGCGAUUUCUCUCUGAAAAGUGCAAUGCUGCAGGAGAGACGCUGCGACUGGAAAUGGGGAGUGACAAAGAAUCUUAAUUUUCCCCCCAAUACAUUCCUGUUCAUCCCUGGGAUAAUUAAUUUCUGGGGAACAUCUUCAGCAGAGCUAGAAUUAUUGAAAGGCAUUGCACCGGAGAGUAAAAGCACAGAGGCAGUGGCUUGUGGGGAACAGGGUGGCAGAGUAACACCCACCUUUGGCUCCAGAUUGUCCCAGCCUCCAACGGGACAGGGAAGGGAACUGGCUGUAGUGGAGCCAGUCCAGGGGCUGGUGACCUUCAAGGAGGUGGCUGUGUAUUUCACAAGGGAAGAGUGGGCUCUGCUGGACCCCCAUCAAAGAGCCCUCUGCAGAGAGGUCAUGCAGGAGAACUAUGAGAAUGUGACCUCGCUGGCAGGUAAUGCAAUGAUUUCUGAGAAAGAGGAGCAGAAUUCUCAGCAGGAAAAUGUUGAGCAAGUGGAUAAACACAGAGCAUUAUCACAAAGAUCGAAACGGAAUGUGUCCAGGAGUCAUGAGCAGGGAAAAUCCUGUGCGAUUCAGCGCAGACCAGAAAGAGAGCAGGGAAACCAGCCACUGGAGAAAAUAGGUAAAUUUAUUUCCUGUCAGGGAACUCAGCAGGACCUCAAGGAAACCACAACCCAGCAGGAAAUCCUCAGGGGAAAGAGGAAAGAUACAUGCACUGAGUGUGGGAAAAGCUUCACUCACAGAUCAACAGCAGGCCUUUUUCACCAUAAGAGAAUCCACACAGGGGAGAGGCCCUACAAAUGCAGUGAGUGUGGGAAAAGCUUCACUCACAGAUCAGGCCUUUUUCAACAUGAGAGAAUCCACACAGGGGAGAGGCCCUACAAAUGCAGUGAGUGUGGGAAAAGCUUCACUAGCAGCUCAGACCUUUCUAAACAUCAGAAAAUCCACACUGGGGAGAGGCCCUAUGGAUGCAGUAAGUGUGGGAAAAGCUUCACUCAAAGAUCAGGCCUUUUUCAUCAUGAGAGAAUCCACACUGGGGAGAGGCCGUACAAAUGCAGUGAGUGUGGGAAUACCUUCUCUUGGUACUUAACCUAUGUUAGCCAUCAGAGAAUCUGCAAGGGAGAUCAACACCAUAAAAACCUCUAG